AUGUCAGAAGGAUAUGAGAUUCAUAACAAUGAGGAAACUUCAUCCGGAUGUUCCCAGAAAUGCUCUUCAUUUGACUUGAAUGCUGAAGCUUGCAGUGAAGAUAACACUAACAGUGAUACAGAAGAGGAGCUCACAACUAAGGAGAACAAUAUUGAGAAAGCAAAGGAUGAGGGAACCUCAGCAAAUGGAAGUAGCAUUUCAAGAGAAGGAAAUGAGAGAAGAGGAACGGUGAGACAAUAUGUUAGAUCCAAGAUGCCUCGGCUUCGGUGGACUCCUGAACUUCACCGUUCAUUUGUGCAUGCUGUUGAAAGACUUGGUGGUCAAGAGAGAGCAACACCCAAGUUGGUGCUUCAACUAAUGAAUGUGCGAGGACUCAGCAUUGCUCAUGUCAAGAGUCACUUGCAGGUAGCACAGAUUGAAAUGUAUCGAAGCAAGAAACUUGACGAGGUUGGGCAAGUACUAAAUAGGUCCAACCAAAGAUCUGUGAUACUCCAUCCGUAUUCCAUGAGUCCUCAACAACAUCUUAAGAUGGGAAAUGGUGGAAUCAUUCUGGCAACUCAUCUCAACAAACAUAGUCAUUUCCCAAGACUCCUCCAGACCCCCUUCUCCUUUUCACAUUCCCGUACAAAUGACACCGAUUCAAGGCACCAGCAAUGGUACAUCAAUCAUCAACCUUUUAAAAUACCAAUAGCUUCGGGCCAAAUUCAAUCAAAGGAUACACAUAUGAAACCAAGCCAAUUGCUUGAAGAGAAAAUGUGGGCUCCCAUAGAAAUUAUAAACAAUCAUCAAUCCAAGUUCCAAAAGUUACCUGUCAUUCUUGCACCGAAGAAUGGAUUACGAGCUGUUCAGACAGCUGAAUGGAGUUUUCUGAACAACACAAGCAUCACAGAACAUCUAUCAAACAAAUUCAAUGAACCUCGCAACUAUUCCAACAGUUUAAAGCAAGAAUUUGAUCCCCCAUUUCGGAUUAAGAAAGACGAACAACAAUUGCCUGAAUUGCAACUGAGUUUGAGUCAAACAAUUGGAAGUCAUGGCAGCAAGAUGGAUCAUUAUAAAGAAACCCAAGAAAUCAGCACUACACUUUCCCUUUCGUAA